UGGCGCGUAUUGUGUCACGUGAGAUAGCAACAGGAAGUAAGUUGCUGUGUGUUGCCGAUGCUUCCAGUAAUAUGUCCGUCGAUGAAAUGACGAAAGUAUAAUUUGACAUAUUUUAAAGUUGUCACUGUUUUUGUAGCUUUUUGUGUAGUGCAACUGGAUAAAUGAGUUUUCGUGCUUUGUGGAUUAUUUCUCAAGAUAAUGGGGGAAGUGCGUCUGUACGCUUUUCAAGGAGGUUUGCUACGGUGGAGCACCGUGCAAAGGUAAUAGCAGGCUCCUCCUAUAUCGCUGUUCCAGAGGACAACACUGUGCUCAGACUCCUGCUGACUGAGCUCGGCCUCUCAGAUCCACAGAAGCCAUUCGUUCUUCUCAGAGAUGAUUGUCGUCGUUGCCCACGGACACCUGUUCGUGAGUUGUGUGUGGACGGUCCUGGCCAGGGAGCACUCUGGCCAGUAUUGGUCAUCACUCAUGGACCUCUCAUCCUAGCUUGCCUAGGUCUAGUGGAUGUUCCGGCUGAGCCCCGGCCCCCUUUAACCAACCUGCUGUCUGUCUCCCUGGGCAUCACAUUUUUGACUGGUUUGCAGAAUUUUCUCCUGGACUCGGGGGGUAAGAUCGAUAAUGAGGUGACAGCCUCUCGACUGGCAGUGCUGCCCACUGUGCUCCUGCAUGUUUGCCCCUUUGGUACACCCCUUGAUGUGCCCUCUUUGGGGGUACUUGCUUCAGCCUCUGUUCUCGCUCCUGCUGGGAACCAGAAGCAGCCAGCCUGGAAAACAGGCUUCCACAAGGGACGUGCUGUUGUGAACAUAGCACUAACAGAAACGGUGCGCUCAAAACAGUAUGGUGACCCAAGUAGACAAGAUACGUGGGAUGUGUUUGGCACAGUGAUGUGCAAAUGUGAAGUGGAGGGGGUGCUCCCAAAUGUGACAGUGACCCUUACUCUGCCACCUAAUGGAUCACCAUUGCAGGAUAUUUUGGUGCAUCCCUGCGUCACCUCCUUGGAUUCCAAUAUCUUAACAGCAUGCAGUGUUGAUAACGACGAUGGCUCAUCUUUCUCUGGACCUUACAAGUUUCCUUUCUCUCCUCCUUUGGAACCCUUUCGACUUUGUGGCUACACAUCUCAGAUCCCUGUUCCUCCUAUUCUGGGGUCAUACCAACUGAAGGAAGAGGAAAACCACUUGCUUGUGUCAGUGACUCUCAAACUUCAUGAAAGCGUCAAGAAUAGUUUUGAGUACUGUGAAGCACACCUGCCUUUUUUUAACAGACCUCAGAUGGGGUGUGUGGAUGUUAAAGUGAGCUUUGGACAACUAGAUGUUUCUAAGGAGAAGAACCUUCUUGUGUGGGUCAUCGGACAAAAGUUUCCUAAAUCUCGUGAAAUCACAAUGGAAGGCAACAUCGGCUUUUCUGGUCCGGCAGCAGGACCGACUGACCCCCUUUGCACAGACCUCAUCGCCUAUGUCAAAUUGUAUUUUAAAGUGCCUGACAUGACGCUAUCAGGAUGCUGUGUGGAUCAGCACUCGGUGCAGGUCUAUUCCUGUGCCAAACCAAAGAUUACGACUUCUCGUGAACUCCAAUCUAAGGACUAUUUCAUAUGGAAUUCCACCGGAACUGCUCCUGUAUCCCAGAUGUUACUCUAAGAUAGACUCACAAAGGCGACAAGUAUUUAUUAGGGCUGUCAAAAAUUGUAUGUUAACGGCAGUAACUAAGUUUUUUUUAUUUACACAUACGCAUCAUGGAAAGCCACACUUCUCUGUCAUGACGGGGGAACUGUCAUGUGUUGCCCUGAUUUGGUUUGGAGUUACUCCAGGAUGUAAAGACAUGGCUGCUUGGAGGAUCAAUAAAGUCUUUAUUAAUAAAUCAUAAUUUCACACGAAGCAGCAAGAUACAUAAAAAGUCACAAAUAGACGGUGCUGUGACCUAACUAAAUAAGGCACAGAGUAAAAAAAUAGCGGGAAGCAGGAGAUAGCAGGCCUGUGUUUAGAAAUUACGAAACAAUGCAUUGUAAGAAAAUAAAAAUACCAAAUAGGAACUGAUGACAGAAACAGAAUAAAUAGUGAUUAAUCAUGAUUAAAUAAUAUUAAAACUGUAAUUAGUCUGAUUACUUUAAGUAUUUUAGUCGUCCUAAUCCUAGUAUUUAUGUAUGAUACUUUGAUACCACGUUUCAUGUAAAUUGUAGUCUGUUGCUGUAAUUCAAUGCAUACAGCGUUUAUGUGACAGUCAACAUAAUUUGUAGUUUUUGAGGAUAAAAAUAGACUGACUGUUUAACUGGAAGAAAUAUUGAUUUGAGUUCAAUCACUUCCGGCCAGGGUCGGCCUUUUUUUAUGAUCCCCCUCACUCAUGGUUAGCCCGCUGCACACACAAGGGCCACCCCUCGCUCUGACAGGCCCACUUCAGUGACUCUCUAUCACCCGGAUAAUUAGCAGCUGGGGCCUUGUCAUCAGCUGUUUUGGGCUUGGAGGGGAGGGGGGCACGGAGGGUCCUGAAAGGCUUGGCCGCCUCAAACACUAUGUUGGCUACAAAAGGCAACUCUUUAGAGCUGGCAGGGGUCCUUUCCCCCGCUCUUACUCCUUUUGACCCCAUCCCCGCCCUGUCAACUAGCAAGUCGUUCAAACACAUAACCUCUCCAACUAGACUGUGAUUGAGCGCUGACCCCACGGCCCUCCUAGACAUUAAAGCAGCCAAUCACAUUCAGCCGACAGCCCCUGGCUAAUUGGUAAAAAAAAAAAAAAAGUCACAAGGACGGUUGAGGUCUGGUUGCCUCUUGAGUUUACGUACACUAACUCAAUUAGAGUUUUUAUUGUAGCAACGCAGGACACUCUUUACUCAUCAAACUAGAGAUCAUUUUAUUUUGCGACCCUUGACCUUAGCAAGUCACUCACUUCUAUUAACUGCAAUGGAUAACCAGUUGAUGAAGAGUUAAAUCAAAGGAAGUUGUAUCCAGCUUCCCCGUGAGUGCCCCCUUUGUCUGACUGUUGGCCUCUUGUGACCCUCGCUGGGCCAACUGCUACAUUCUCACGUGGAUUUCCACUCACAAGGCUGACCAUGACCAACCCUCUGUCAAUUGGAGCCACUUGCUCACAAGGCAUCCUUCACCUUCUCUUUAAGUGUCAGGCGGCACCAGAACCACUCAGCCUUCCUACCCUCCACCUCCAUAGUGUCUGUCUAUGGCUGGCAGACUAGAAAAAUAGUUUAUUUUUCUUUGAAGAACACUAAACGUCCUUAGUGUAUUAAAUAUGAGGCCAGACUGCCAGUGGAACAGCUUGUUUGAAUGUGGUAGCAGCUACAUAGCCUUUAGUAGUACACAUUACAUUCUGUUUAAAACCUCACCCACAUUUUCUUUUACAUGCACUCUAGAACACACUUUGGAACAUCAUUGCCAUAAAUAAGUCAACAUGUUUUAAGAAGGCCUCACAAUGUGUGACACCAUCUUUUCCAGCACAAUAAGGACACCUAGUGGUAGAUUGUUAAAUCCAUCCAUUUUUUACCGCUUAUUCCAUUUGGAGUCGCGGGGGGAGGGGCGCUGGAGCCUAUCUCAGCUACAAUCGGGCGGAAGGCGGGGCACACCCUGGACAAGUCGCCACCUCAUCGGAGGGCCAACACAGAUAGACAGACAACAUUCACACUCACAUUCACACACUAGGGCCAAUUUAGUGUUGCCAAUCAACCUAUCCUCAGGUGCAUGUCUUUGGAGGUGGGAGGAAGCCAGAGUACCCGGAGGGAACCCACGCAGUCACGUGCAAACUCCACACAGAAAGAUCCAGAGGCCGGGAUUGAACUCACGACUACUCAGGACCUUUGUAUUGUGAGGCAGACGCACUAACCCUCUUCCACCGUGCUACCCCAGAUUCUUAAAUAGAUUUUUGCAAAUAACAAACUUACAUUGCAGUUAUGUCAAUUUCUACUGCUUCCAAAUGUGUUGCGGAUUUAUUAAAGAUAUAAGCUUUUGCGAUGUGAUUGCAUAUUUUGUACCGUUAUUAAUUAAGCUGCAUUAUUGGGUGUUUAGGAUGGUAUCACUUUAGUUUGUCAGCUUUUUAAAGAUUGUUCAGAAAAAUCUUGUUUACUCUUUAUGGACCAGUUGGUGAGAUGAGAUGAAGUGAUGGAGGACUAAUUUAUCAACCCUUUUCAAGUAAAUGAUGUAUACCCCGAGUCUCUGAUACUUUCAGAAUUAAUACAGUAUAGGUUCAUAAACCGAGCCUUGUGCUAUAUCUUACUUUCAUCAGCAGAGGGCACACUUAACCCACCAAUUACAAAUACCAUCUGAAUGUUUUCACGUUUUCAAGUUCAUUUGUUUAAAUAGACACCAUUAUAGUUAUGAAAAAACUGUAAAGAAAAAAUAAUUAUAAAAAAUGCAAUGAAGCUGGGCUUUAACGUUAUUUUUCAAUCUGUCAUACAUCACAGACCCUUACAGAAUACAGUAAACCCUCGUUUUUUAUCACUGUUAAUUUGUUCGCGGCCUGACUGGUAGUUUCAUUUCCGCGAAGUAAUUCGUUAAUAAAAACAGAAUACAAUGAUUUGCAAAUCCUUUUCAACUUAUAUUUAAUUGAAUAGACUGCAAAGACACGAUAUUUAAUGUUCAAACUGAGAAACCUUUAUUUUUU